ACCACUUCCAGCAUCCAAAAAUCACUCCCGUGAAGCCCAGAAAAGGCAUCUCAACUUGCGACGUGAGGGCUUGACCACAAUUGCGUUCGCCCAGCUAUACCCGCAGGCUUUAUACCCAUCAUCGAGCGACCUCCCACCAAAACAAUACAGCGAUGCCCACUCAACCGCCCCUCCCUCCUCUCCUGGCACCCUACGUAACAUCCCUAACCCCCUCAUCUCUCAUCGUUCUCUCCACCGUCCUCGGCGCCCAAGGCAAUUGGCUCACUUUACGAUAUCUCUACGCCGCGCUGAAUGCGUCAUCUACCUCCGACGCUGCGCUAAAUCUCGGCGAAGGGCAUAAUGGGAAGAAACAAAAGGUAGUGCUCGUGAGUUUCCUGCGGGGUUGGGAGUUUUGGCGCGCGGAAGCAAAAAGAUUGGGUUUGGAUCUCGCCCGUCUCACUGACAAGCGCCAAUUCGCCUUUGUCGAUGGCUUAUCCGAACUCUUUCCCGGCCCGCGGACGACGCCGACCACCACCACCACCCAAGCCACUCCUCCCUCCCUAGCACCCUCACCCCGCGGCGGCCUGGUUCCUCAGCGGACAAUCCUCCCCAAUCGAUCCGCGCCAGGUCCCAUUCCAGCGCGAGGACCUCAACCCGCGCGCGGCCCUGCGGCGGUCGCCGCCCCAGCGCCGUUGACUCCGUCCGCUCCGCCGGCCACUUCUCGAGAGAUCGGCCCGGUCAAGCGACUGCACCUGUCCGGGAAGGGCCCUGCCGCUCUUGACAGACUCGAGAAGGAUAUCGCGGCGGUGGUGGCGCAUCUGAGUGGCAGGGCGACGGCGACGGCGGAGGGAGAGGACGAUUCAGAGGUGCUGCUAGUCCUCGACCAACCGGACCUGCUUCUAGCCGCGACGGGGCCCGGCAAGGAGAUUGGAGCUACGGAGAUGACCGAGUGGGUGAUGGGCCUACAGCAGUAUGUCCAUGCUACGAUCAUGACCCUCGCGGCCGACUUGCCCUUAAUACACAACGCCUCGGCGGCUGCGCAUCAGAUGCCCACGCCGCUGGAGACCGAACAUGCCGCGUUUGCGAUCGGUUCCGCCCACCGGGCGCAUCUGGUGAUGCAGUUGCGGGAUCUGGAUACGGGGGCUGCGCGGGAUGUGAGUGGGGUCCUCAGGGUCAGUAAAGGAGGCGCGUGGGGACAGAGUGAUAACACCGAUGCCAACGGGAGUUGGGAAGAGAGGGAGGCGUUGUACUUCGUGCAAAGAGAUGGUGGGGUCAGCGUCUUUGGACGUGGGGAGUAGGUAGAUCAGUGUCAGUGGGGCCAGG